AACACUUUACCGUUGUGUGCCGCAGCAACAACCGUUGGCCGGAAAGAAGAGAGCCGGAAGCGCGUGCCGCUAAAGUUUACGGAAAUAAAGGCGGACAAAAGUUCAUCCUCGCCUGCAGCCGACAAAGUGCCACAAUACAGACUAAACGAUUUACGAUUCAAUCACAGAAAUAAACAAAUUCCGGACGGUGCAGCGGGCAGUGUCGAGACAAAGUAGAACUCCAGGCGACAACACCGCCUUCUUCACCCGCAUCCGAGCAAAGGAAUAUCGGAAAAUGUGGCCCAACUUCGUGGCAGUCAUUUCCCUGCUGUGCCUUGCAUUCUUUGCUUGGGCGAACGCUGGACCCGUGCCAAUUGUGAAUGAGCACCAACAACUGAUGCCCAAGGUACCCCAAUGGCACUGUCUGCGCUACUUUAAGCAUGACGUCCUGAUGAUGCGCCGCUGUCGCCAUUUGCGAGUCCCUACUGCACCUCGACUGGGCGAUGUCCUUAAGCGUAAGAAGAAAUAGUAUCCGGCCCACAGACAAUCAUCGUCAAUACUCAAAACGACUGAGCAACAAGAUCAAUUAAAAUUACAUUUUUUAAAGGAUUUCUAAACCAGACCAAAGCUAAAUCAAAUAUAUACUACCAAAUACUAUACAACUUCUGGAACUAAUAAUAAGCCUAACCAAUUGUACUUCAUAGAUAUGUAAGAUUUCAAUAAAACGAAUAAGAAAGCUAAAUAAAA